AUGACUGGACUAUGUGCGGUGUACAGGUGUUGGUUGGAUGAAUGCGCGAUUAAUGCAGCGGCCACAUUCAAUCGCACUCUAAUUCGCCAACGUGGUGUGACAAUGGGGCAAGAGUUCCGUGGCAAAGGCGUACAUGUUGCUUUAGGACCUAUGAUGAACACUAUGCGUGCCCCAGCUGCCGGUCGAAACUGGGAAGGAUUCGGAGGUGAUCCCUACCUGUCUGGAGAGGGGGCAUACGAAACUAUUGGCGUACAGGCAACUGCGAAGCAUUAUAUCAACAACGAGCAAGAACACUUUCGAGAGACCAGCUCCUCAGAUCAACACGAAAUAUAUGCUCACCCUUUUCUUCGUGCCAUACAAGCGAAUGUUGCGGCAGUCAUGUGCAGCUAUAUCAACGGGAGCUUCGCGUGUGAAAACGACAAGACGCUGAAUGGUAUAUUGAAGACAGAAUUCGGUUUUCCAGGUUACUGGCAAGCGACACAUUCUACGGGGUCGAUCAAUCUCGGACUAGACAUGACCAUGCCCGGUGAUACUUUCUUUGGCUCGGGAACGUCUUAUUUCGGACCUGCACUGGUAAGCGCCGUAAACCAAGGCACUGUGCCAGAAGCUCGGAUCGACGACAUGGCAACACGCAUUCUAGCUGCAUGGUACCUCCUUGGACAAGAUUCUGGAUAUCCAGAUGUCAACUUCGACGCUUGGGAUAAGACCACUCCAGUAAAUACUCAUGCCGACGUCCAGAGCGACCACAAGAAUGUCAUUCGUGCGAUUGGUCAAGCUUCGACCGUUUUACUGAAGAAUUCGGGAGGGGCCCUUCCUUUGACUGCUCCUCGUACUUUAGCGAUCAUAGGAAGCGGCGCUCGCAAUAGUACACUGGGACCUAAUGGGUACUCGGAUCGCGGAGGAAACGAUGGGGUGCUAGCGAUGGGAUGGGGAAGCGGUACCACAGAUUUCCCGUAUCUCAUAGCUCCGUUGGACGCACUUACUGCGAAAGCCUUUGCUGACGGGACAAAGAUAUCCUCCUCAACGAGCGACACUGAUCUCAACGCGGCGGCCAAUGCGGCAGCUGGAAAGGACGUUGCCAUCGUAUUCAUAACUGUGGAAGGUCAGCAACGAACUUACUGGUGCAUUUCCACUGGCAGCACACUGAUUUCUCCUGAAGGAAAUUUUGGGGACCGAAACGAUCUUCUUGCUUGGCAUGGCGGGGAUGCGCUGGUGCAAUCGGUAGCAAGCGUCAACCCCAACACCAUAGUGGCAGUUAACAGUGUUGGUCCUAUCACGAUGGAAAAUUGGAUCGAGAACGAGAAUGCAAAGGUCUGGAGCGGACUUCCCGGGCAAGAAGCUGGCAAUGCUGUAACUGAUGUUCUUUACGGCGUCUAUAAUCCGAGUUCAACCGAACUACACAGUUAUAUUGGCUGCAGUGGUCGUCUUCCUUCGAGUUCCUCGAUCCUUGACAUCCCAUACAAUGAGGGGCUUUUCGUUGAUUAUCGCCAUUUCGACGCACAAGGAAUCAAACCUCGGUUCGAGUUUGGUUUUGGGCUGUCAUACACCACUUUUGAAUACUCUGCUUUGUCCAUCUCUGGAUCCACUGCGGGGAAUAUUCCUAGUGGACCCGGCUCCUCUAUUGAUCCUUCGCUGCAUGAAUCUGUGGUAACGGUCGGAUUCACUCUCAAGAAUGUCGGGAAAGUCGCGGGACAUGAGAUCCCUCAAUUGUACAUUUCGCUACCUCCCUCUGCGAAUUCUCCGCCGCAGGGUCUGAAAGGGUUCGAUAGUGUCUAUCUUGAACCGAGAGAAAGCACAACAGUUACGAUGGAGCUUUCGAGGUACUCAUUUGCGAUCUGGGAUGUGAAAGCUCAGAAAUGGGUUAUCCCGUCUGGAACCUCGAAGAUAUCUAUAGGAAGUAGUAGUAGGAAUAUUCAGCUGACUGGUACUCUGGCGUUGUAG